GCACACACACGCAUUCUGCUUUCAUCACUUUCAGGUUGUCAAUGAGAAGAGUCCGUCCCGUAAGUGGAGACGUGGAAAACAGCUGCCCCCGUGGUGUAGGAAAAGUAGCACCAGUGCUCAGCUAUUGAACCUCCGAAUGUGUGUUUUCCGUCGUGAAAACGUGAACAGUGAAUAAACCUAAACGCGUCACGGUGGUGCUUCCCUGUGAGUGAGUGUGUGUCGGCGGCCUUUGUGUUCGAGAGAUGGCGGAGAAACGACGUGCCAAGAAGCGAAAGGAUGAAUACAGCGGUCCCGGAGGCGCAGAACAGGAGAUCGAGAAAGCUUCCAAGGAUGAGUACAAGGUGGCAAAAUGGCUCAAAUCGAACGUACCGACGAAAAAAACCAAAUUUCUGAAUCACAAUGUGGAAUACUUUUCUGCCAUCAAAGCAAUCGAUGCACUGCUUGCGUCAAAGUUUGCCCAGGGUGACAACUGUCUCUUUCCGCACCGGCAGGCCGUGAUUGAUUUUAUGGGCGAUAUGCUGUACCACAAGUUUUUCCACCGCGCCCGAAAGGUCCCGGUCAGCGAGCAGGAGCUGCGCGGGAAGAACAGCAAAAAGGCGGCCGCAGAGGCCUUGGUGACGGCCAGCUCGGCUAAGGAUGGCUCGAAACAAACGGCGACAAAAGAGGAACGGGCAACCGACGCGGAAAGUAGCCACGCGGAGGGCAGCAAGGCGGUGACGGAAGCGGUAGCGGAAAAGCGAAAGCGCAAGAUCCGUCUAGAGAUGCACCCAGAGCAGCUGUUUAUCGAUGGGCACGAGGCGUACGUAUGGCUGUACGAUCCGAUCCCGAUGCAUUACUGGAUCUUUGGCGCAUUGCUGGUGGUGGGCGCGAUCGUUAUCUGUCUAUUCCCACUGUGGCCACCGCUGCUGCGAAAGGGUGUGUACUAUCUGAGCAUAGCGGCGGCCGGCUUUUUGGUGUUUAUUCUCGGCCUGGUCGUGUUGCGGUGCAUCCUCUUCUGUCUGGUGUGGGUGGUGACCGGUGGAAAGCACCACUUCUGGCUGCUACCGAAUCUGACGGAAGAUGUCGGCUUCUUUGCCUCCUUCUGGCCACUGUACAAUCAUGAAUACAAGGACGGUCAGAGUGGCACCGAGAAGGGUAGCAAGAAGACGAAAAAACGAAAACGCGACAAAGACAGUGGCGGCGAAGAGGAGAGUACCACCGCCGGCAAUAUCCCACCGACGAUCGACGAGGUGAAGGAGCGUGACACUGAGGUGGAAAGCGGCAAAUCUUCACCAUCGCCGGCAGCCGAAGGGUUAAGGCAUCGUGGAGCUAAGCAGCAGCAGCAGCCGCAGGAAUCUUCACCAGUGUCCGUCCCACCGGUCACAAUUGCCGAGUCGAUCGACGAGGAGCAAAACUCCGGAACACCGUCGGAAAGUGACUCGGAAGGCUCGCAGCGCUCCUCCACGGGGAAGGACUUUGAGAUGGUAGAGCCAGAUGAGGUGGAUACCUCGUAAAGCAGAACAAGUUAAUCGACAUGCGCGCGUUACAUUUUCAUAUCACCCUCAAUCCACGACUGCAGCAGUACUAGCUGCAUACUAGCUGAAAUGGAUCGGAUAGCAGCACCUAUCAUUUUCGUACCACAUCUGCAAACCAAACCCUGCAAAAAGAAAAAAAAACAACAACACCACCACAACCAACACAUGUACACACUGUACGAUCAUCACAUCACGAUUUGCAUCCGCAUCAGCCAAAGUUGUUUCCCCGUCUCCCCACAACAACUUUCCCAUGUGUGUACAAUAAUCAAAAGCACGCAUGAGAUACGUUGACCAAUGGCCAAAUUCCGCCCCACUCCACAUGUUCGGCGUUUCGGGGUGAUUUUGAUAGUACCGGCGCGCUGUCAGAAGGCGCGCAUUCGGGUGGCACGGAGUGAAUCUCUGCGCCCGCGUGCCGUCAGUCGUUUCGCAACCGAUCGCAAUGAUCGUUACGGUGCUUUUCGCGCGAGUUGAAAACCCCCAGUCCGAACAGUGCAUUCCACACAGCGAGCCAUCAAGACCAUCUCAUUAGCCAAAGUCUACUAAUGGACAGUGUUUUAUCUCGUAACGACGGUUUUGGUUUAGCUUUUAAAAUGUAAGUCACUUUGGACCACAGUGGAUCUGCUGUGCUGGAAGUGGGGUUUGCUGGUUUUAUUACGAAUUUUAUCGGUGCCCUCAAAAGGUGAAUAAUAUCAAGCGAAAAUAAUUGAACCUUCUGGUCGUGAUUUCGGAAGCACAUAUGACGCAAUCGUGAGCCUAAAUGUUAAGAGUUAAUUGCAUAGAGAUACAGAAUAAUGGGUCAUUGUUUAGAACACCUAUUUCACCGCACAUCUGUCUAUGCCUGGGAUGGAACUUAAUGCCAGCAGACAAAAAAUCAAAACGAUUCAAACAAAUUACAAACCCAACAAAUUAGAGAUGAAUGAAUGCAUCCCAAUCUUUUCCGCAUGGUUCAAUCGAUUCGGCACCACCCAAAUGCUCGGAAUCUUUCCCACUCUUUGUUAUCAGUGCUCUGCUGGCUGGUGGAGCCAUUGCGUUAUCGGUUCACUUCCGUGCUGAAGCAUUAGAAGAAGCAAUCGUUUGUGGUUGGAGGGAGCGAUGGUGUGUGGGGAAGGCAUUUGUUCGAGCACCAAAAUACAACGAAAACAUUUGGCAGAAACCGCAGGCACAAAAUAAAAACACAACCACACAAAAACGAUUUCAGAUUUAGAAUCGAAAAUCUCAAACCGGAAGUGGAGUCUCUGAAGCAUGAAGGGCGCAUGAACAGCCAACGGUAGUAGUGUAAAGCCAACGGUCGAGCCGGAGCGUAACCAAGCCACGUGCAGGCGAGCCCUGAGUUGUUUGUGUGCGGGUGUGGUUCGUGGGAUCAGUUUUGGAAGAGUGAAUGAAUUUUCGGACAUUAAAAUACCGCUCGAGGGCUGCUCACGCGGAGUUAUCACAUGCCGUCAGAUCGAGCAGUGGCUGUUGGCUUUAUAUUCACUAUGUUCUGUGCGCAUCGUAUGCAUCUUCCCUAUCCCAUCCCUUUCAGCUAUGUAGAUUGUGUGUCCAUUUAGCGUGUUCUUUAUCCCGGACGUGUGGCAAAUGUCCGUACAAAUUGCAAACACGUAUUACAUACUACAUACAAAGGACGGAGAGAGCGAAGCUAAAGACGCCCCCGGGGCAACAUAAUAUUAUGUGGACAGGCCGGUGAUAAAGCAUUUUACGUGGUGUGAAACAGUAAAACAAAACAAAAUAGAAACUCUGGCAGACGAUUAACGGGCUACAACAAAUCAAAACACGCAACAGUAUCGCGAGCCGUUAGUAAACGACGUUAGUAUGUAGACCGAGAGAGAGACAGUGAGUGGAAGAAUGAGAGAUAGAGGAAACGAAAAAAAAACGACAAAAGGUUUUUGUAGUGUGUGUGUGCAAACGUUAGG